GUGGGUAAUAGGACACAGCUGCGGCGACUGAGACACAGUGAGAGGAAGUGUGCUUGAAGGGCUUUGAUAGUUACUCAGAAAUAGACUGUCCGUCAUUUGCAUCGUCUCGUACUCUACUUGUGAGGAAGUUGACUGAUGUGCAGCAUAAACUUCAGCAUUUCACAAGAAGCAGCGCUGCACUUCUUCCACCGCGCGUGAUGGUGUGGUUGUGGUGCGUGGGAUCACCCGCCGUCUCCUUGGGCGGGUUCUGAUCAGGACUGGUUGACGCUGAGCCGUGGCUGCAGGCCCUCGAGGACCAUGGCGCGGAGCGUGACCGUCAGUGAUCACAUCUGUGAGGUGGACUCUGACUAUGAGAAUAUGGGAGAUGAGCCAGGUCAGAGGUGCAUGGUCCAGUUUGAAAGUGAAUCGACGGCAAGCGGCCAGACGUCCCCCGAAUCCUUGGAAAUGGAGGUUUUAGAAAGCGCAGACAAUGCUCCGAUACAGAGGCACCGCUGGUCAGCUGCUACCCUCAGGGUCAUGUCUUCAAUGCCAAGUUCCACCGCCGGGAGAAGCAGCGCGGCAGCUGUUGCCCUCCGCUCCAGACGCUCAUCUCUGCACCGACGCACCGAUCCGGUCUCGUCCCGUGACCCUUCGCGGCCCCUGAGGCGGCUCCGCGAGGACGCGGGGGAGGCCGGCGGCGAGGGGGACGCGCUGGCGUCCGGCCUGCGGGGCCUCUCCGUCGGCGACGGCAUGCGGAGGCUGCGGGCGAUGCCGCUCAGCCUGGCCGACAAGAUGGAGCUCAGGAGACUUGCCUUCAGCGACGUAACUGGGAGCUCGCUCAUGAGCAGAAGCCGGUGUAGAGGCAGACAGGUAGUGCUCCGGCUCAGAUUCCAUCCUUUUUACUCAUUUAUUUACUCAUUCAUUUAUUUCUCUCUCUCUCUCUCGCCUCAGACUUGGUGUCACCCCCCCUCCGGCUGCUCCUCGCUCCUCGGCUCCCUGCAGCUGUGGCAGGUGCCCUUGAAAAGGCUGAGCGGACGCUUCGGGACGGGGGUCCUCUCCUACUUCCUGUUCCUGCGAACCCUCCUGCGCAUGAACCUCUUCCUGUUCAUCGUUCUGGGCCUGUUCGUGGCCGCCCCUCAGCUGCUCAACCCUCCACCGCACGGCCCUAAAAAUGACCCCUUUACUGGCCUGGAGCUUCUCACGGGCGCGGGUUACAUCACACAUAGUGUGAUAUUUUAUGGCUACUAUACAAACACAAACACAAACGCAAGCGAUCGAUGUCAAGCCCAUGACCCACUUGGCUGUUUGAAGUACAACAUACCUGCCGCCUACUUCCUCACCAUCGCCAUCACCUUCUUCGUCAUCUGCGUUCGUCUGGUCUACAGCGUGUCCAAGGCCUUGGGGAAGAGUCUCCAUGUCAAGUCCAACAGGAACCUGGCGGUGAAGGUCUUCUGCUCCUGGGACUUUAAAGUCUGCAAGAAGUCCUCCAUCAGGCUUCAGUCUGAGAAGAUCAGCACUCAGCUCAAAGAGCUGCUGUCGGACAUGAUCCUGGGGAAGGAGGAGAAGAGCUGCGCUCAGAAAUGCGGCUCUGUCCUGGUGCAUCUGCUGACGUGGGCCGUGUGUGUGGCCUGCAUCGCCGGCAGCGCCUGGGGCAUCCACAGCCUGUCAGAGGCCAGAAUCAAGAAUCCCCCCAAGGACACGGAGCUGCUGUACUUUCCCGUUGUGGUGUCGGGCGUGAACCUGCUGCUUCCUGGCGUCUUCAACCUGAGUGCCUGGGCAGAGAGCAGCCACUCGCCCAGCGUUCGCGUCUACGUCUCCGUCUUCAGGAACCUGCUGCUGAAGGUCAGCAUUUUUGGCGUGUUGUGGUACCGCUGGUUGAAGGGAAUCGCUUGGGAAUCGGGCCUAGAGUGUUGGGAAAACGCCGUCGGGCAAGAGCUGUAUUCUUUGCUCGUGAUGGACUUCAUUUUCACGGUGCUCUACACUCUGAUGGGCGAGUUCCUGUGGAGGCUGUUUACUAAGCAUAUGCUGAUAAGGAAGAGGAAGCCGGUGUUCGACAUUGCUCGUAAUGUGCUGGAACUCAUAUACGGACAAACUCUUACUUGGCUGGGGGUGCUGUUCGCCCCGCUGCUCCCCGCCGUCCAACUCCUGAAGCUCUUCCUGCUGUUCUACAUAAAGAAGAACAGCGUGAUGCUCAACUGCCAGGCCUCCACCAAGCCCUGGAGGGCCACUCAGAUGUCCACGCUGUUCCUCACGCUCCUCUGCUUCCCCUCGUUCUUCGGCGCUGCCGUUUCUGUCGCUUAUACGUUGUGGACGAUUCAGCCCUCGCGAGUAUGUGGCCCUUUCAGGAAUCGCACUAAGAUGUUUGAGUCCGUGAAGGAGUCAGAGAACUCCCACACGGUCCUGUCUUGGCUCGACAAGGUGUACAGCUUCCUGGUGGACUAUCCACUGCUGCCAUUUCUCACCUCUGGAGUCUUUCUAUUUGUGAUUUAUUUUCACUCUCAAGUCGUUGAUGGUCAAAGGAAAAUCAUCUCUCAAUUGGAAAAGCAAAUUGAAAAUGAGGGAAACGACAAACUCUUUCUCAUCACCAAACUGCAAGAAAUGCAUGAACGAGAAGGUUUGGCUCCUUCACACAGAUGAGCUCUUUGCACUGUUUUCUCUUCUGUGGAUGUAACAAACUUUACCACUUCAGCGUUUUAUUGAGGGUUCUCUAUUUAAGAGUAUUUAACUAAAUUUCCUCCUUGUUAUGUGGCUGAAUUAAGCUCACUACAUGCUGUAGUGAGCUUGAUGUUGAAGAUGUUAUCAUCAGAGACGAGCAUGUAGAUUAGGGCCAGGAUGGAUGUAGCAGCAUCAGGAAUGUGUGUUUCCUGCCAAGAAGAAAACCUGUCAUAAAAAAAUGUGAGUGUGUGCAUGAGUGAGACGCUUGCGUUACAUACUGGAUGUUUAUAUGGGUAUAAUUUUGUAUUUGUAAUUAUAGUAUUUGUCAUUUUAAUUUAAUAGAAAAAUACAAA